ACCAUGGCGAGCGAGUCCCCGGCGCGGAGCCUGGAUGAGAUCGACCUGUCUGCACUCCGGGACCCAGCUGGUAUCUUCGAGCUGGUUGAACUGGUUGGAAAUGGAACCUAUGGGCAGGUCUACAAGGGUCGUCAUGUCAAAACAGGUCAGCUCGCUGCCAUCAAGGUCAUGGACGUCACAGGAGAUGAGGAGGAGGAGAUUAAAGCAGAGAUCAACAUGUUGAAGAAGUACAGUCACCACAGGAACAUCGCCACCUACUACGGAGCCUUCGUCAAGAAGAAUCCUCCGGGGAUGGACGACCAGCUGUGGCUGGUCAUGGAGUUCUGCGGCGCCGGCUCGGUCACAGAUCUGAUCAAAAACACCAAAGGGAGCACGCUGAAGGAGGAGUGGAUCGCCUACAUCUGCAGAGAGAUCCUCCGGGGUCUGACUCAUCUCCACCAACACAAGGUCAUCCACAGGGACAUCAAAGGUCAGAACGUGCUGCUGACGGAGAACGCAGAGGUCAAACUGGUUGACUUUGGUGUGAGUGCUCAGCUGGACCGCACGGUGGGACGGAGGAACACGUUCAUCGGGACGCCGUACUGGAUGGCGCCGGAGGUCAUCGCCUGUGACGAGAACCCGGACGCCACGUACGACUUCAAGAGUGAUCUGUGGUCGCUCGGCAUCACAGCCGUGGAAAUGGCGGAGGGAGCGCCACCUCUGUGUGACAUGCAUCCAAUGAGAGCGCUCUUCCUCAUCCCCAGAAACCCUGCGCCUAGACUCAAGUCCAAGAAGUGGUCGAAGAAGUUCCAGUCGUUCAUCGAGAGCUGCCUGGUGAAGAGCCACAGUCAGCGGCCGAGCACCGAGCAGCUCCUGAAGCACCCGUUCAUCCGCGAGCUUCCCAACGAGCGGCAGGUCCGCAUCCAGCUGAAGGACCACAUCGACCGCACCAAGAAGAGGAGGGGCGAGAGGGAUGAGACGGAGUACGAGUACAGCGGCAGCGAGGAGGAGGACGAGGAGCGGGACGCCGGAGAGCCCAGCUCCAUCAUCAACAUCCCUGGGGAGUCCACUCUGAGGCGGGACUUCCUGCGUCUCCAGCUGGCCAAUAAGGAGCGCUCGGAGCUGAUCCGGCGCCAGCAGCUGGAGCAGCAGCAGAACGAGGAGCACAAGCGCCAACUACUGGCCGAGAGGCAGAAGCGCAUCGAGGAGCAGAAGGAGCAGAGGCGGCGGCUGGAGGAGCAACAGCGGCGUGAGCGUGAUCUGAGGAAGCAGCAGGAGCGCGAGCAGCGGAGGAGGUACGAGGAGAUGGAGGCGGUCCGUCGGGAGGAGGAGAGGAGGCACGCCGAGCGAGAGCAGGAGUACAAGCGGAAGCAGAUCGAGGAGCAGCGGCAGGCCGAGCGGCUGCAGAGGCAGCUGCAGCAGGAGCGAGCGUACCUGGUGUCGCUGCAGCAGCAGCAGGAGCCCCCCCGCCCGCCGCAGGACAAGAAGCAGCUGUACCACUACAAGGACCAGGCACCAGGGGUCAGCGACAAGCCGGCCUGGGCCCAAGAGGUGAUGCGUCGAGCUCAGAGCAACUCGCCUCGCGUCCCUCCCAAGAAGUACCACUCCUUCAGGGAGACCUCCAACCUCGACAACCUCCUCUUACUGCCCGGUUACAAACCCCGCCGCCGCCGCCGCCCCCCCUCCUACCCCGCCCACCUCAGCCCCUCCAGGGACCACCCGCACGUGCCACGCAUCCGUGUCACCUGCGUGCCCGACCGCAGCGCCGGCGCCUCUCAGCCGGUGAUGCUCCGGCAGAGCCCGGACUCCAGGGGGCGGAGCCCGGACCGCAGGCACAAAGUCUCAAACCGGAUCUCGGACCCGUCGCUGCCGCCGCGCUCCGAGUCCUUCAGCAGCGGAGGCAUCCAGCAGGCCCGGACCCCCCCCAUGCACCGCUCCGUGGAGCCCCAGGUUCCCCAGAGGACGACCUCCAUCUCUCCGGCGUUGGUCAGGAGGAACUCUCCGGGGAACGGACCCGGCCUCGGCCCUCGGGCUGGAGCUCACCUCAUCCGGGCCAGCAACCCCGACCUGCGGAGGAUCGACGUUUCCAUGGAGACGCCCCUGAAGAGGACGAGCAGCUCGUCCAGCUCGUCCACCCCGAGUUCCCAGGGAGGCUCCAACGAGCGAGGUGAUUCUUCCAAUAAGACUGAAGGUUCCACAGGCUCCUCCCACGACGCCAAAGACGAGGGGACGAGACCCAGCAGGCCUGCAGACCUGACGGCGCUGGCCAAGGAGCUGAGGGAGCUGCGGCAGGGCGAGGACGCCGGCCGCCCCCCCGCCAAGGUCACGGACUACUCGUCGUCCAGCGAUGACUCGCACAGCAGCGAGGACGAGGAGGGAGAGGGCGGGGCCAGUGACGGCACGGUGGCGGUCAGCGACAUCCCGCGCAUCAUGCCGGCAGCGAACCACGGCCCCAACGAGUCCUUCAACCUGCUGGGAGGUCUCAACGCCGGCCACGACGACGCCUACGGGAACAGCUCGCAGGACGGGACCCUGAGGAUGCGUGAGUACUCGAUGGGCAGCGGCUCCAAGUCGUCCUUCACGCCGUUCGUAGAUCCUCGAGUCUACGGGACGUCCCCGACCGAUGAUGAGGACAACAUCUCCGCCUCAGCGCUGUUUGCUGACGAGCUGCUGAAGCAGGAGCAGGAGCAGGAGCAGGCCAGACUCAACGAGGCCAGAAAGAUCUCCGUGGUCAACGUCAACCCGACCAACAUCCGGCCGCACAGCGACACGCCCGAGAUCCGCAAAUACAAGAAGCGCUUCAACUCGGAGAUCCUGUGCGCGGCGCUGUGGGGCGUGAACCUGCUGGUGGGGACGGAGAACGGCCUGAUGCUGCUGGACCGCAGCGGCCAGGGGAAGGUCUACAACCUGAUCAACCGCCGGCGCUUCCAGCAGAUGGACGUCCUGGAGGGACUCAACGUGCUGGUCACCAUCUCAGGCAAGAAGAACAAGCUGCGUGUGUACUACCUGUCGUGGCUCAGGAACCGGAUCCUCCACAACGACCCUGAGGUGGAGAAGAAGCAGGGCUGGAUCACCGUGGGCGAGCUGGAGGGCUGCGUGCACUACAAAGUCGUGAAGUACGAGAGGAUUAAAUUCUUGGUGAUCGCUUUGAAGAACGCGGUGGAGAUCUACGCCUGGGCGCCGAAACCGUACCACAAGUUCAUGGCCUUCAAGUCGUUCACAGAGCUGCAGCAUCGCCCCCUGCUGGUGGACCUGACUGUGGAGGAGGGACAGAGGUUAAAGGUCAUCUACGGCUCCACUGUGGGAUUCCACGUCAUCGAUGUGGACACCGGCAGCCCCUACGACAUCUACAUCCCCUCACAUAUUCAGGGUCAGGUGACCCCGCACGCCAUCGUGGUGCUGCCCAAGACGGACGGCAUGGAGAUGCUGCUGUGCUACGAGGACGAGGGCGUCUACGUCAACACCUACGGACGCAUCACCAAGGACGUGGUGCUGCAGUGGGGCGAGAUGCCCACCUCCGUCGCCUACAUCCACUCCAACCAGAUCAUGGGCUGGGGAGAGAAGGCCAUUGAGAUCCGCUCCGUGGAGACGGGACACCUCGACGGAGUUUUCAUGCACAAGCGAGCUCAGCGACUGAAGUUCCUGUCGGAGAGGAACGACAAGGUUUUCUUCGCCUCUGUUCGUUCCGGAGGAAGCAGCCAAGUCUUCUUCAUGACCCUCAACAGAAGCUCCAUGAUGAACUGGUAACCGCUCCUCUUCUUCACCCUGAACAUCGGCCGCCGCCAGGAGAGAGAGGGACGAGCGAGGAGGAUCUGUGUGUGUG